AUGCCAGCCUGCAACCUCUUACUGAGUGGGGCCAUCCACUUUUCAGGAUGCAUGGCUAGCCAGACCAUCAGGAUGUUGAAGCUGUUUGGGCUUCAGAGCAUCAGUGUUGGCACCUUCUUCCGCCAUCAGCGCUUGUACACAAUUUCUACCAUCGUGCAGGCAUGGCAGAAUGAGCAGGCAGGGGUCAUUAAAGAACUGAAAGAGAUGAGGGCCGGAUUGAUCCUCUCUGGUGACUGCAGGUCAGAUUCUCCUGGCCAUUGUGCAAAAUAUGGCACAUACUCGUUGAUUGAGGACAGAAUCAACAAGGUUUUAGAUAUUCAACUUGUUCAGAGCUCUGAGGUCCCAAGUAGCUCCUGGUGUGAGUUAGAAGGUCUAAAGCGCAGCAUAAGGUUUCUGACAGAACAGCAUAUGCAAGUGUCAGCCCUCAUUACAGACCGAAAUCGGCAGGUUGCCAAGUGGGUGCGGGAGGAGCUUUGUCCAAAAGGAACGAGGCAUUUUUUUGACGUCUGGCAUAUUGGCAAAAGUCUAGGGAAAGCUUUGGAUGCUGCUGCAAAGGAGAGGGAGUGUGAAGAUCUGAAGCUGUGGAGGGCAGCUGUUAUUAACCACCUCUACUGGACUGCUGCUUCCACUCCUAAUGGAAAUGCAGAUGUGAUGGAGGCCAAGUGGAAAAGCAUGGUCAAUCAUGUUCAGGACAUCCAUAAACAUGACACUCCUAUGUUUCCCUGUUGUGCACAUCCACCUCUGGAUGGGGAGGCAAGGAACAAGGAGUGGCUGGAACCAGGAUCAACUGUAUCAGAUAAACUGGAGAGUGUAGCUACUAGACCAGCGCUGGUAAAGGAUGUUCGGCAGUUGUCCCCUCAGCAUCAGACCUUUUCGCUAGAGGCAUUUCACUCCCUCAUCCUGCACUUUGCACCAAAGCACACUGGGUUCUCCUUCCUUGGGAUGUACAGCAGACUUCUCUUGGCAGCCCUGCACUUCAACCACAAUGGCAGCAGAGACGUUGCUCGAACCAGUGAUGGUGAGGUGUGUUAUGCGGUUCGCUACCCAAGGUUCCGCAAAGGUGGUUGGGUAGUACGUCCUGUUAACCCUUAAGCCCCCCUUGGAGCCCAUUUGACCCAACUGGACUUUUCCUAAAUAAUCAAUCUAAAAACACAAAAAAAAUCCGGACUUGAUUCGGUUGUUCUAAAGGUGUGUAAACAAAAAUUUACUGUUCAGUCUUCUUGGGGUCAGAUUGACCCCAUAUUGAAAAUG